GUCUAAUUAAAUUGGUGCAAUUGGUGCAUCAGGCUUAGGUGCUGGUUUAGCAAAUUGCAUUAAUCUCUCAAAUUUGACACUUUAACUUGAGUCUAAUUAAAUUGGUGCAAUUGGUGCAUCAGGCUUAGGUUCUGCUUUAGCAAAUUGCAUUAAUCUCUCAAAUUUGACACUUGGCCUUUUGUAUAAUUAAAUUGGUGAUGAAGGUGCAUCAGGCUUAGGUUCUGCUUUAGCAAAUAGCAUUAAUCUCUCAAAUUUGACACUUGACCUUGA